AUGUUUCCGGGAAAGAGAAAUGACCAUCAGACUCAUCAGAAGCUGUGGAGAAGAUCAGAUGCCCUAGUGAAAGGUUGGGUUCUUGGUUCCCUCUCUAAAGAAACACUCGGGCAGGUUGUGAAUCGUCUGAUCAGAGGAAAACUCCAUCAAGAUGAUUUCAGUGCAAAAGAUGUUUGGGAUGAACUGCAGACUAUUUUCGCUCCUGUUGUUGUUCCAAAACUGCAUGUUGUUGAAGAUACACUAGAAGAUAAAGACAGAGCAUUGGAUCUCCGGAGAUUCUGCCAUUCUACUCAACAAGGAGUUUUGCAGUGGAUCGAAGAAAUAUUGAGGGAGGGAAGGGUUACUGUGAUAGACAAAAUCACGAAUAAUGGCAACACUGCGCUUCAUGUAGCAUUCGGUAGUUCCAAGAAGCUGGAAUUCCUAGAGAAAUUGUUGGAAAAGAUACUGGAGAACACACAACUCAUGGAUCUAAGAAAUUCAGAUGGAAGCACGCUGCUUCAUGUUGCUGCUAUUACUGGCAACACAGAAGCUGUUGGCAUAUUGGUGGCAAGAAACCCAGAGUUGUUGUUCGCUAAAGACAACAAGGAUCUGACACCACUAGCCUUGGCUCUUUCUAAUAUGCACAAAGAAACAGCCCGACAUCUGCUCCAACACAUCAAUAAUACUAAUGAUGAUGCUCAGAAGGAUGCUCUGUUUUCUGGCACAACUGGUGAUGGCCUUCUAGUUACUGCUAUUUCCUCCAAAGAUUUCCACCUUGCAAGAGAUAUGUUGGAGCAUUACAAAUCAUUGCAUAGUGAUGCUGUGCUGAUGUCUAUAGCUCAAAAUUUCGCACGCAAAGUCAAAGUAUUUGAAAGAUAUGCAGGGACUGAUAAAUUACUUGAGAGAGCAGAAAGUUUUCCUCCAUGGGUUUUGAUGUGGAUAAUCCUCCCAUUCGUUUGUGUGGCUGACUACGUCAUUAUGCUAUUCCUGAAAAUGCUUAUGAAGUUAGUGUUUCCAUUCAUUAAAGAGAGACUUCGAAUUCAUUUACAUGCUAUGUACCUGUUGAGGGAAGUAUGUGUUGGUUUAAACUUCUUAAACAAUGAUAAUUUGCUUGCUUUAAUCUGCUAUUAUGAAUCAAAACAAAGCAGGAAGAAAGCAAAACAAACAAAGAAGGACAAUAGACAGCAAGGGAAAAAAACGUGCUGGGAAAAAAUAUGGAGCAAGGAGAAAACUUUUUUAAUGCUUAAGGCUCAAGUUCUUCAUCAAAGAAAAAAGUAA